AUGACAGGGCCAGACCAACAUGCCCACCACUGGGAGGAGCCUGAUCAUGAUCCUUCACCCAACAGGGACUUACCUGCUUCUUUAUCUUCCAACUCUACGUAUGCCACAACCACUGAUACACCACCAUUAAUGCCCUCUGUUCCUCCAGAUGCCACCAAUGCCACACCCAGCCUCCCUGUCUCUGCUCCUUCAGACACCACAGCCAAAGAUCCACCCAGGUUCAAGUUGGCCACUCCUUCAGAUGCCACCAUCAGCCUGGUGAACGGCAGGAACCGCUGCGAGGGUCGUGUGGAGAUUUCACACUCUGGGGGCCGGGGCACCGUCUGUGACAAUGGCUGGGACCAGAGAGAUGCCCAGGUGGUGUGCAGGCAGCUGGGAUGUGGUGCUGCUGUUUCUGCAACAUCAGGUGCCUCCUUUGGACAAGGCAGUGGCAGCAUCUACCUGGACUACGUGAGCUGUGCGGGCUGGGAGUCAUCCAUCUUCCAGUGCAGCCACCGUGGCUGGGGCGUCCACAAGUGUGGCCACAGUGAAGAUGCUGGUGUUGUGUGCUCAGAAGCCAGGAAAAGCAAUUCAAUACAGCCGGACUGGCAAUUGUGGUGGCCUGAAAUUCAUUCCAAGGCCCUGGCAAUAGGAUGUGCCUUCAUGAUAAAAUCCUUUCCCAAGUUUUCCAUAACUCCUUCUUUUCCAGAUGUCUCCACCAUCAGCCUGGUGAACGGCAGGAACCGCUGCGAGGGUCGUGUGGAGAUUUCACACUCUGGGGGCCGGGGCACCGUCUGCGACAAUGGCUGGGACCAGAGCGAUGCCCAGGUUGUGUGCAGGCAGCUGGGAUGUGGUGCUGCUGUUUCUGCAACAUCAGGUGCCUCCUUUGGACAAGGCAGUGGCAGCAUCUACCUGGACGAUGUGAACUGCACAGGCUGGGAGUUGUCCCUCUUCCAGUGUGGCCACCAUGGCUGGGGCCUCCACAAGUGUGGCCACAGUGAAGAUGCUGGUGUUGUGUGCUCAGAAGCUCUUCUCAAGUUUUCCAUACCUCCUUCUUUUCCAGAUGCCUCCACCAUCACCCUGGUGAACGGCAGGAACCGCUGCGAGGGUCGUGUGGAGAUUUCACACUCUGGGGGCCGGGGCACCGUCUGCGACGAUGGCUGGGACCUGAGCGAUGCCCAGGUGGUGUGCAGGCAGCUGGGAUGUGGUGCUGCUGUUUCUGCAACAUCAGGUGCCUCCUUUGGACAAGGCAGUGGCAGCAUCUACCUGGACGAUGUGAACUGCACAGGGUCAGAGUCGUCCCUCUUAAAGUGUGGCCACAACGGCUGGGGCGUCCACAAGUGUGGCCACAGUGAAGAUGCUGGUGUUGUGUGCUCAGCCCUUCUGUGCUUGCCAACCUACAUGAGAGCAGUGGUAGACAGACACUAUCUCCAGUCCCAGGGCUACUCAGUUGGGAGCAUCAGCCUGGCAGACCCUCAAUGUAGACCAAAAAUUACAUCAACUGAGGUUAUAUUCAACAUCCCAUACAGUGGCUGUGGUACAAGUAGACAGGGCAACAACGAAACGAUCACCUACUCCAACGUGAUAAAAGUGCCUGCUCCUGGCAGAGUCAUCAAGAGGCAAAAGGACCUUCACUUGCACAUCAGCUGCAAAAUGCUGCAGAACACCUGGGUUCAAGUCAUGUACAUUGCUGAUGAUGUCAUUGAUGUCAACAAAACCCAGUAUGGCAGAUACGACGUGAGCCUGACGUUCUACAACUCCUCAUCUUUCCAGUGGCCAGUGCAUGACUUCCCAUACUAUGUUGACAUGAAUCAGAAUUUGUUCCUCCAAGCUUCUCUUCACAGCUCUGACCAAAAUCUGACCGUGUUUGUGGACACGUGUGUGGCGUCACCUAAUUCUAGUGAUUUUAGAACACUGGUCUAUGAAUUGACCAAAAGUGGGUGUGCUAGUGAUCCUAGCUACGCUCUCUUCCCUUCGCCGCGCGGUGAUGUCGCUCGGUUUGGGUUUAACGCCUUCUCGUUCGCGAACCGAUUCCCGGCGGUGUUCCUGCGCUGUGAGCUGCUGGUGUGCAGGUACCACGACUACUCCUCCCGCUGCUACCAGGGCUGUGUUAGCAGGUUCAAGAGGAAUGCAGAUUCUUCCCACCAGCAGGUGAAUGUUGUUGUUGGACCCGUGCAGCUUCGGGAAGCUCGCCCUGAGAACAGGAACGUUGCUCCAUAUGUCUACUUGGUGAAUGGAAGGCAUCAAUGUGAAGGUCGUGUUGAGAUCUACUACCGAGGACGGUCGGGGACAGUUUGUGAUGACUUCUGGGACCUCGCAGAUGCCCAGGUUGUGUGCAGGCAGGUGGGAUGUGGCAGGGCCAUUGCAGCUCUAGGAAGUGCCUACUUCGGGCAAGGCUCGGGUGACAUCGUGCUGGACAACGUGAGGUGUGGAGGAAACGAGGUGUCCUUGCUGCGCUGCAAUCACACGGGGUGGAAGAUCCACAACUGUGCCCACUAUGAAGAUGCUUCUGUUGUCUGUUCAGAAGAGUCUGAUUCAACAACAGCAGAGCCAGAAUUUGAACUGACAGCCUCAACACUGGAGCAUGCCAGCGAUGUCCACCUCAGCAGAGAUGACCUCCUCACCAGAGAGGAUCACCUCACCAGAGAUGACCACAUCCACAAGGAUGAUAACCUCAGCAUUGAUGAGCACCUCAGAGGAAACAACUAUGAGAACAGAGGAGAUCACACCAGAAUUACAGUGGAAUCGCUAGCAGGGAUGUCCAUGACAGGGAAGAAGAUCAAGGACACCACCAUUAUAGCAGAGAUGACCACCUCAGCAGAGACGACCACCUCAGCAGGGACGACCGCCAUAGCAAUGUCUGCAAGAGGGGAAGAGAGCUCACCAGGGCCCAGCAUGCGGCUGUCGGGCGGCAGGAACGGCUGCGAGGGCCGCGUGGAGCUGUACGACGGCAGCUCGUGGGGGACGGUGUGUGACGACCAGUGGGACCUGCAGGAUGCCCAGGUGGUGUGCCACCAGCUGGGCUGUGGCCAGCCCGUGGCUGCACUGGACACCGCACACUUUGGCCUGGGCUCCGGCCACAUCUUCCUGGACGACGUGCAGUGCCGCGGGGACGAGCCCUCCCUCCGGAUGUGCCGACACAAUGGCUGGGGCAUGCACAACUGCAUGCACAGUGAGGAUGCCAGUGUCAUCUGUGCAGGGCCCAGCGUGCGGCUGUCGGGCGGCAGGAACGGCUGCGAGGGCCGCGUGGAGCUGUACGACGGCAGCUCGUGGGGGACGGUGUGUGACGACCAGUGGGACCUGCAGGAUGCCCAGGUGGUGUGCCGCCAGCUGGGCUGUGGCCAGCCCAUAGAAGCCCCACAGAACGCUCGCUUUGGCCUGGGCUCCGGCCGCAUCUUCCUGGACGACGUGCAGUGCCGCGGGGACGAGCCCUCCCUCCGGAUGUGCCGGCACAACGGCUGGGGAAUGCACAACUGCGGGCACAUGGAGGAUGCCAGUGUCAUCUGUGCUGGGCCCAGCGUGCGGCUGUCGGGCGGCAGGAACGGCUGCGAGGGCCGCGUGGAGCUGUACGACGGCAGCUCGUGGGGGACGGUGUGUGACGACCAGUGGGACCUGCAGGAUGCCCAGGUGGUGUGCCGCCAGCUGGGCUGUGGCCAGCCCAUAGAAGCCCCACGGAACGCUCGCUUUGGCCUGGGCUCCGGCCGCAUCCUCCUGGACGACGUGCAGUGCCGCGGGGACGAGCCCUCCCUCCGGAUGUGCCGGCACAACGGCUGGGGCGUGCACAACUGUGGGCACAUGGAGGACGCCAGUGUCAUCUGUGCAGGGCCCAGCGUGCGGCUGUCGGGCGGCAGGAACGGCUGCGAGGGCCGCGUGGAGCUGUACGACGGCAGCUCGUGGGGGACGGUGUGUGACGACCAGUGGGACCUGCAGGAUGCCCAGGUGGUGUGCCGCCAGCUGGGCUGUGGCCAGCCCAUAGAAGCCCCACAGAACGCUCGCUUUGGCCUGGGCUCCGGCCGCAUCCUCCUGGACGACGUGCAGUGCCGCGGGGACGAGCCCUCCCUCCGGAUGUGCCGGCACAAUGGCUGGGGAAUGCACAACUGCAGGCACAGUGAGGAUGCCAGUGUCAUCUGUGCAGCCACCCAGCCAAACCCUCCUCCUCAACAGCCACUCAGUACAGGGCCCAGCGUGCGGCUGUCGGGCGGCAGGAACGGCUGCGAGGGCCGCGUGGAGCUGUACGACGGCAGCUCGUGGGGGACGGUGUGUGACGACCAGUGGGACCUGCAGGAUGCCCAGGUGGUGUGCCGCCAGCUGGGCUGUGGCCAGCCCAUAGAAGCCCCACAGAACGCUCGCUUUGGCCUGGGCUCCGGCCGCAUCCUCCUGGACGACGUGCAGUGCCGCGGGGAUGAGCCCUCCCUCCAGAUGUGCCGGCACAACGGCUGGGGCAUGCACAACUGCAUGCACAGUGAGGAUGCCAGUGUCAUCUGUGCAGCCACCCAGCCAAACCCUACUCCUCAACAGCCACUACCAACAGGGCCCAGCGUGCGGCUGUCGGACGGCAGGAACGGCUGCGAGGGCCGCGUGGAGCUGUACGACGGCAGCUCGUGGGGGACGGUGUGUGACGACCAGUGGGACCUGCAGGAUGCCCAGGUGGUGUGCCGCCAGCUGGGCUGUGGCCAGCCCAUAGAAGCCCCACAGAACGCUCGCUUUGGCCUGGGCUCGGGCCGCAUCUUCCUGGACGACGUGCAGUGCCGCGGGGACGAGCCCUCCCUCCGGAUGUGCCGGCACAACGGCUGGGGCAUGCACAACUGCAUGCACAGUGAGGAUGCCAGUGUCAUCUGUGCAGCCACCCAGCCAACUCCUCCUCCUCAACAGCCACUACCAACAGGGCCCAGCGUGCGGCUGUCGGGCGGCAGGAACGGCUGCGAGGGCCGCGUGGAGCUGUACGACGGCAGCUCAUGGGGGACGGUGUGUGACGACCAGUGGGACCUGCAGGAUGCCCAGGUGGUGUGCCGCCAGCUGGGCUGUGGCCAGCCCAUAGAAGCCCCACAGAAUGCUCGCUUUGGCCUGGGCUCCGGCCGCAUCUUCCUGGACGACGUGCAGUGCCGCGGGGACGAGCCCUCCCUCCGGAUGUGCCGGCACAACGGCUGGGGCGUGCACAACUGCGGGCACAGUGAGGAUGCCAGUGUCAUCUGUGCAGGGCCCAGCGUGCGGCUGUCGGGCGGCAGGAACGGCUGCGAGGGCCGCGUGGAGCUGUACGACGGCAGCUCGUGGGGGACGGUGUGUGACGACCAGUGGGACCUGCAGGAUGCCCAGGUGGUGUGCCGCCAGCUGGGCUGUGGCCAGCCCAUAGAAGCCCCACAGAAUGCUCGCUUUGGCCUGGGCUCGGGCCGCAUCUUCCUGGACGACGUGCAGUGCCGCGGGGACGAGCCCUCCCUCCGGAUGUGCCGGCACAACGGCUGGGGCAUGCACAACUGCGGGCACAGUGAGGAUGCCAGUGUCAUCUGUGCAGCCACCCAGCCAACUCCUCCUCCUCAACAGCCACUACCAACAGGGCCCAGCGUGCGGCUGUCGGGCGGCAGGAACGGCUGCGAGGGCCGCGUGGAGCUGUACGACGGCAGCUCGUGGGGGACGGUGUGUGACGACCAGUGGGACCUGCAGGAUGCCCAGGUGGUGUGCCGCCAGCUGGGCUGUGGCCAGCCCAUAGAAGCCCCACAGAACGCUCGCUUUGGCCUGGGCUCCGGCCGCAUCUUCCUGGACGACGUGCAGUGCCGUGGGGACGAGCCCUCCCUCCGGAUGUGCCGACACAACGGCUGGGGCAUGCACAACUGCGGGCACAGUGAGGAUGCCAGUGUCAUCUGUGCAGGCACAUACAGCUCAAGUACACUUUUGUAAGUAAAUUCUUUCCCAUUUGUUUUUGCAGCAUCUUAUUUUUGUGGUGGCUCAGUCUCAGAUUCCUCUGGGGUGCUGCAGAGUCCCAACUAUCCUGGAAAUUAUCCAAACGAUGCUGACUGUGUGUGGGAAAUACAAGUAGAGAACAAUUUCCGUGUGACGCUCACAUUUAGAGAUAUUGUGAUGCAAAGCGGGACGUGCCAGCAUGACUACAUUGAAGUCUAUGAUGGACCUCUCCAUUCUUCCCCUCUUCUUGGGAGAUUCUGUUCUGGUUCCUUUCCCACGUAUGUGUCCUCUUCAAACAUGAUGACUGUUCGCUUCCACAGUGAUUCCAGAAACUCCUUCAGAGGUUUUCAGGCUCACUACUCUUCCAUCCCAGCAGGUCACAACACCACCAUUCAAUGCUUGCCAGACUACAUGCACGUAGUGGUCAGCAGAGACUACCUCCAGUCUCAGGGCUACUCAGCACAGAGCGUCACCCUGGACGACAAUCACUGCAGACCGAUAGUCACGUCACGGGAAGUUGUAUUCAACAUUCCCUACAACAGCUGUGGGACAACACAAGAGGAGAACAGCGACACAAUCAACUACUCCAACACCAUCAGGGUCGCAUCUUCCGGGUACAUAAUCAAGAGGAAAAAGAACAUCAAUUUGCACGUCAGCUGCAAAAUGCUGAGGAAGAGCUGGCAGCAGGUGAUGUACGCUGCUGAGGACACCGUGGAUGUGAACGAGUACCAGUUUGGAAGAUACGACAUGAACAUCACCUUCUACGAUUCCGCAGCGUUCCUGCAGCAAGUGCGCAGCUCUCCCUACUACAUCGACCUCAACCAAAACCUCUACCUCCAAGCCUGUCUUCACAGCUCGGACCCAAACCUGAAGGUGGCUGUGGACACGUGUGUGGCAUCGCCUGAUCCUCGUGAUUUUAACACGCUGGCCUAUUAUUUAGUCAGGAAUGGGUGUCCUAGAGAUUCUUCCUACGCCACGUUCUACUCCCCUUCCAGCCACUUUGCUCGGUUCAAGUUUAACGCCUUCGAGUUCAUGAGCCGGCACCCGUCCGUGUACCUGAAGUGCCGGAUGCUGGUCUGCAGGCUCGGGGACUUCUCCUCCCGCUGCUACCGGGGCUGCAGCUCCAGGGCCAAGAGAGACACCAGCCCUGCUGAGGAACAUGUGGAUGUGGUGCUUGGACCCCUUCAGCUCCGAGGAGGGGAUGCUCCCAGUGGGACCACUGGGAAAGCCAAAUAAAUUUCUCUCACGUUUGCUCUAGGAUGGCCAACAGGCUUCAAGAAAAGCCACAGCUCUGUCGCCUGUCACUGAAAUCUGUGUUUGCCGACUUUGC